UUUUCAAAUAAUUUAUAAAGAGAAGUUUCGUAAGAAACAGGUCUGCAAAGAAGAAACCCGAAUUAGCCGUGAAAAUUAAUGCAUGACAGUGACAUAUUCGUUUUAAUUUAAGCCGUUUUUUAUUACUAUGUAACUAUGAUUAUGAAUGAUGUACCGUAUGUUUGGAGCACUGGACUUUAUUCAUUGUAAAUUGUAACGUAAGAUUAAGAUUGGAAAGUUCAACAGGAAAUGGAAUAAAAUGUAGCUCCUGUGGUUGUUGAUUAUCAUCUUUUAGUGGAGAUAAGAGGAGGGCAAUAUGGUUAAAAAUAAGAAAGAAACGUCACUCGGAAAACAUAUCCUGGAAGAUGUCGUGGAACCUAAAGCCAAAUUAGUGAAGAAAUCAAUAUGUUCCAGAUCAUUCCUCGGAAACCUUUUGUCAACUGGUGUUCUUGUUCUUGUGUAUUAUACGUUUUCUAUCAGUUUAACGUUCUACAAUCAAAGAUUUAUACAUUCCUAUACGUACCCGUUAUCCGUUACCAUGUGUCAUCUUAUUGUUAAAUUUGUAUUAGCUGGUCUUAUACGUUCCUGUCUACAAUCUAGAUCCAAAACUCCACGAAUAACUUUAGAUUGGGGACAGUAUAUCAGAAAAUUAGGACCUACAGGUAUAACCAGUGUUUUAGAUAUAGGUUUUUCUAAUUGGAGUUUCGAAUUUAUCACAGUUUCUUUAUAUACAAUGUGUAAAUCAACGUCUGUGAUUUUUAUUCUUAUUUUUAGCAUAAUUUUUAGAUUAGAAAAAAUGCGAUGUAGUUUAGUUUUUGUUGUGUUAUUUAUAUCUGGUGGAUUAUUUAUGUUCACCUAUCAUUCUACACAGUUCAAUCUAGAAGGUUUUAUAAUGGUUAUGAUAGCAUCCUUCCUCUCUGGUAUACGCUGGACGUUGUCUCAGUUUAUACUUCAGAAAAAAGAAUUAGGUUUAAGUAAUCCAUUAGAUAUGAUGUAUCAUGUUCAACCAUGGAUGAUGUUAGGAUUAUUACCUUUAUCAACAACAUUUGAAGGUAUAGAAAUAUCAACAACUAACAGAUUGUUUCGUUAUGAAGAUACAACGGUUUUAUUGACAUCAAUAGGCCUUAUAUUAAUUGGUGCUUGUUUGGCUUUCUUACUAGAAUUCAGUGAAUUUCUCUUGCUGUCUCGCACCUCUAGUCUAACUCUAUCUAUAUCGGGAAUAUUUAAGGAAAUUUGUACCCUGUACCUGGCUACACAGAUUAAUGGGGAUACGAUGAACUCAGUAAAUCUUUUAGGAUUAGUUGUAUGCCUUUUUGGAAUAUCAUUACAUGUUUUACUAAGGGCUGUAUCUAGUAAGUCUUGGAAAUUCUCAAAGUUCCUGAUAGCACUGAUAAGAAAGAAAAAAUACACGCUACAGAAGAAAGAAUAGAAAUGUUAACAAGAGAUGGCGACGCUAACACUGACGAUGAUGAAGAAGAUUUAUUUAAUGUUGCUCGUGAUAGAAGAUGAUGACAUGUGGUUGUGAUUUUAAAUUUAGGACAAUGUAUUUUUUAUUGUAGGGUUAUCUCCCCUGCACUAAGUUCUUUUAAAUACUCCGAAAGAUUACUACUUUGGCCAGUCGGUUGGUGGGUUCAAUGCACUCGGCAAACCUCGGCUGAUUCAGUUACUCUACAUCUAGCCUUGGUUGUAUGGCGGUAAGUGAUAUGUACCUACACCUGUACAAUUGCGAUGCGGCACCAGUUUACUUAUUAGGAAAACUUGUCGAUUCUAAAACCGAGUUCUCAAAGUUGCGUCGUUCGCCAAGUGUGUCGAAUUUUCAGUGCAAAGUUGUCCUUGUUUGAGGAAAAUCAGAUAAACUUGAAAGUAAAACAGCUUCAGACUUUGAAAUAUUUGUAUGAUAAUAAUUCUUCAAAGGCGUCGUCAAUGGCAAUCCGGGAACUUGGCGGACGUCGUCAUACAGCCGAGGCUAGAUGUAGGGUACUGGAAUCUGCUGAGGUUUGCCGAGUGCUACUUUGGGAACUAGUGCUUAUUAAAGGUAGCCAGUAGUUUUUAUACUGUCAGAUCUACACAGUGAAACAAUUGUUGGUCACAUCAUCGAAACCUGGUAAAUGCUCUGUGGAGUGUAUUAGGACUGUUCUGCUAGUCAUAAGAAAGAAUCACACAUCAGUUUUAUGUGGAGCUGUUGCUCCUGUUACAAUGUAAAUGCUCAACACAGUUUUUUUUUUACACUAAUAUUUUAAUGUGGUCAAAGUAUAAUGAAGUAAAAACCCUAUAGAUUAAUCAGUGAUUUUCACCUGUGACUGAAGCCUUACACAUGCUAUAUUUAUUGUAUUUAACUCCAGUGACUCACAAUUUGCCUAAUUACCUAUUUUCUUUUCUCUAGUGACUCACAAUUUCCUCCAGUGACUCACAAUCUACCUGUUGUAUUUUCUCUAGUGACUCACAAUUUGCCUAAUUACCUAUUUUCUUUUCACUAGUGACUCACAAUUUACCUAUUAUAUUUCCUCGAGUGACUCGUGAUUUACCUCUUGUAUUUUCUCUAGUGACUCACAAUUUGCCUUUUACCUAUUUUCUUUUCUCUAGUGACUCACAAUUUACCUAUUUGCAUUUAUCUAGUGAUUCACAUUUUACCUAUUAUCUUGUGUAUUUUCUUCAGUGACUCCAAUUUACCUAUUAGCAAUUGUAUUGACAAAGGUGGUAACUGGGCGUAGUUUAUACACUAUGUUUAAAUGUAAUAUUGUUCAUAGUUUUUGUUUUGAUUUUUAUUGAAUAUUGAGCCAUAAUUAAUUAUAGAGGCCAUUUUGUUUAAAUUUCAUGUAUAUUCAUGAUAUUACAGCAUUAUCAAAUAACAUGACCAUAUAGUUUAAUUAUUCAAUUUGUAUUCUCUUUCUUCCAAAUGAUUAAAAGUAAUGCAUUUAAUUUUGACUAUAAUCUACAAGUAUCGAAGGGUCAUAGAAACAUUUUCAUUGAUUAUCGCAUGUAAAUAUUUUACCCCGGUUACUGGAAAUAAAUCUAUAAAAUAAUUUGAAUGAAUGCAUAGGCUCAUUUAUUAAAUACACAACCCUUAUAAUUGUUACUGGACAAUCAUUCAUUCUAUAAACAACAUGAGAUAAAUAAUACUGGAUAAUCAUAUAUUCUAUAAACAACAUAAGAUAAAUGAUACUGGAUAAUCAAUCAUUCUAUAAACAACAUGAGAUAAAUAAUACUGGAUAAUCAUUCAUUCUAUAAACAACAGGAGAUAAAUGAUACUGGAUAAUUAUACAUCCUUUAAACAACAGGAGAUAAAUGAUACUGGAUAAUCAUAAUCCUAUAAACCACUAGAGAUAAAUGAUACUGGAUAAUUAUACAUCCUUUAAACCACUAGAGAUAAAUGAUACUGGAUAAUUAUACAUCCUUUAAACAACAGGAGAUAAAUGAUACUGGAUAAUUAUACAUCCUUUAAACAACAGGAGAAAAAAUGAUACUGGAUAAUCAUAAUUCUAUAAACCACUAGAGAUAAAUGAUACUGGAUAAUCAAUCAUUCUAUGAAAUGAAAUGAAAUGGGGUUUAACGUCAAUCAUUCUAUAAACAACAUGAGAUAAAUUAUACUAGAUAAUCAAUCAUCCUAUAAACAACAGGAGAUAACUGAUACUGGAUAAUCAUAAUCCUAUAAACAACAGGAGAUAAAUAAUACUGGAUAAUCAUACAUUCCUAUAAACAACAGGAGAUACAUGAUACUGGAUAAUCAUACAUUCCUAUAAACAACAGGAGAUAAAUAAUACUGGAUAAUCAUACAUUCCUAUAAACAACAGGAGAUACAUGAUACUGGAUAAUCAUACAUUCUAUAAACAAAAAGAGAUAAAUGUUUACAAAUUGAUUAUUAUGGUUUUGGAAGAAUUCACAUUUUGAUGAUUCGUUCUGGAAAAUUUGAGGGUGUUUUAAAUCAGUGCAAUGAGAUAUUAUUUGGGUAGGAUUGUAACCUAAUCAAGGGCAGCUAAUUAUAAGGCCACAAGAAUUUGAUUUUUGGUUCUUCAUGAACACCUGUUAAAAUUUUACUUAUCUCUUUAUGAACAUUGGUUAAAAUUUCAUCAAGAAAAAGACUUGGUUGUACAGUUCAAAGGCUUUUAUUUCCAAAUUAUGAGAGUCCUCUUCCAUCCAGAGCUUUAUGUCUCACUUAAAAACAUACUUAUUUCAAAAAUGUUUUUGAACUGUUUUGUUGUGAAUGCACUUAGAAACACUCAUGUGUAAUGAAGUGCUAUAUAAAUCGAGCAAUAAUAAUUUAAUGGCUAUUUAAUUAUCAAAGAACAGAAAGUCAAAUUGGUUCGGCCUAACCUCAAAAGGUAUAGGUUGUUGUAUAUUUAAUCUUCCCCUUUAAAGGGCGUAUGGCUCUAAUUUUUGAAACCUUGAAAUUGACAAAAAUGGUUCUAAAAGCACAUAUCAAUGUAAUAUAAAUGUAUGUAAAGUGAUUUAUAUUCAAUUUUCGAAAAAAAUAUUGUAAUUUCUAAUCAAUUAUGUUCGGUGAGAUAUUGAACGCCAGUCAUUUACAUCUGCUUAGUCCAUUCUAUACGUUUUUUAAAUUAUGAUUUUUGUCGUUUGUGAAUCAGCCUUUACUAAUUACUUCCAAUUAGUGUUGUAGGAUAUGUUUUUAUUUGUGCAUUACAAAAUGGCACCGGAAACAAUAGGGUACACGACUUGUGUACUGAUUAUAAAAUGUUAAUUGUGUCUUGGAUAUUAGGAUUCUAUAGUUUCACUGCAAGAUAACAACAUCAAUAUUGAUAAAAAUUGAUCAAUAUUGAAUUCUAAUUCGUGUUUUAAAUUUUGAAUUUUAUGGAUGAUAUUGAGUUAGAGACGUUGCUCCUGUAACUAAAAGUAAUUGUCUUCCCAAAACAAUAUUUUUUCAAAACAGUGUAUGGAUUUGGUAAAUAUAGUUAGAAAUUUCCUCAGAUAUAUUAUAUGGCCAUGGUAUGACUUCCAAUAGGAUUAGUGCUAAAUGAUAAGGCCAGCUUAAUUUUUCGUCAUAGGUCAGAAGAUGUAAAUGGUGCUAGCACUAAUCCAAAGCCUAACCCUGGGCCUAGCCCCAAUGCUUACCCUAAUGCUAACCUACAUUCUAGCCAACAAUCACGUGGCCUAACCUUGUUUACAUCUCCGCGAUCUUGACAAAAAUUCAACUGGCCUUAACAAAUAGAUUUAGCUCUUCCAACAGUGCUCCAAAAAUAUAUAUUCAUUUUGUCUUUAUGUUUUUAUUUUUAGGCCCCAACAAUAAUAAUCUGUGUUUACGGUUACCGGACUGACUCUGUUUGCAGGGUUGCGGGGCCAAACUGUUUACGCGCGUGUGUGCUUUGGAUUAGAAGGUCUGUCACUGAGUCAAGUGGUGUGAUUUCAAUUCCCCACUUAUACAUGACAAGGAGUCACAGGGUUUUUCCUGGGUCCUCCGGUUUCCUCUCACUGCUAAAGACCCCUACGCGCAAACAAAUUAUUGAAAUAAAAUUUAACCAUAUUAGUCCCGAAAUGACCUACUUUGUGUCAAGUGGACGUUAAACCCCAUUUCUUUCUCUAUCUCUUUGACCCAAUUUUCGUUUAGCCGAAUUCACCAACCCUUAACUAUUAUUCUCUGCAUUUUCCAGGCACUAUAUAAUUCAGUCUUGACAUGGUUUUCUGUAGACAAAUUCCAACACUCAAAUGUUGGUAUUAUUUUCAAGAACCAUGCUCAGAAAUCCAUCUGGAAAUGCUAGGAAAAUUUAGAUAUUAUAAACCUCACAAAAAAAAAUAAAAAAAUCUGACCCUAUUUUAGGGGCCAUAUAACCGUAAACAGAGGUGGGGGGUUGGGAUGGCUUUGUGGUCUAGAGUGUCACGCUUCGACCUCUAGCUGGCCGGUCACCUCUGGCUUGCGGUUGUGGUUUCGAUCCCUGGUGUGAGCGUAUGUGGCUUGGAGAUAGGGGCGCCUUCUCAACCUUGUGGUUUUACUCCGGGUACUCCGGUUUCCUCCCACAGGAAAGACCCCUGCGCUUGUGCUAAGAUAAUGAAAAUAAAAAAAAACGUGUCUGCGAUAUCACCUUCAGUGGAAGCGGGCGUUAAACACUAAGAACAACAACAACGUAAACAGGGGUAUUUUUUUUCUUGGCCGUUACUGUAUAUAUUUCUCUGUAUGAUAAAUGUAUAAAGGAUGUUAAUUGUAUUUAUAUAUUCCAUUGAUUAUGUCAAAAAUAUUAAAAUUAUAUUUAAUUGU